UUUUUUCUGCAGUUAGGUUCGUACUUUCUCUUUGUUUACAUCGUCUAUUUUGAUAUCUUAACUUGAUGCGUAUUUGAAAACAGGGAUGCUCGGACUUUAUUAUUUGUGUUUCACGAUUUUAGUGGAGCACAGCUUCGCUCAUGUAAUUUUUCCAGAUGUGAUAGAAACAGCGGCACAGAAUUUACGUUCAAGGAGAGAAGCCUCCUGUGGUGGAGAUGUAGAUGUCAGCGGCGGGUCUGGAGAAAUACAGCUUCUGACGGAAGUAAUCAACGGCACAGAAUUCUACCGAGUUAAUGAAGACUGCACAUGGACGGUCAAGACCCUGCCAAAUCAUUUUAUGAUUCUUAAGUCCGACUACUUCAGUCUGGAACAGAGCGACAAUUGCAUAUGGGACUAUGUAGAGAUUACGGAAGGUGGCGAUGCUGCAACUACAAGUCGUUUCUGCGGCUGGGAUCCUAUGAAUUAUAUAACUGGAAGCAACGAAAUCACGUUACGUUUCAAGUCAGACGUGUCUUACGAGGACCAUGGUUUCAAAUUUGUUGUGGAAUCUAAACAACGAGAUGUGGAUGCGUCAAAGUGUGACAGUAGUAUCAUUGGUGGAGACGAUUCUACAAUAAUGAAUAUUGACGCAGAGGGGAAGGGAUGCCUUUACAGAAUACAGGCUCCAGGUGACAAGGUCAUAGAACUAAAUCUCAAAAUGCUGGACUUUGGAUCGGCCGGCUGUGAUGAGGAAAGUAUUGUUGUGUACGAAGGACUCAGUACGCAAGGAGAACCCCUGGGGAAGAUUUGCAGCGAUACUGUUCCAGGGAUACAGCCGUACCACGUGAACAUGUUGUUUAUCGAGUACAGAAACCUAUUACAACAGGAAGGAGAACGCUUCAGUAUCGAAUAUUCGUUUGUUGAGGACGUCUUCACUCCUGCGCCAGUCCCACCGACCACUCCUUCCCCGGUUGGAGGCAAUAACGACUGCAGUGGCAUGUACAAAGGCAUCGACACUGACAGCGGCGAUUUGAUUUACGCAGCACCAGAAUAUGAAAACAAUAAAGAAUGCAUUAUUGUUGUGCGGAAUACUCAGCUGCCGCGUCACGUGGUCCAAAUAGAAUUUCUAUACUUUGAUAUUGAAGAUUCAGACAACUGCAUGUUUGACUCAUUAAAGAUCAUGUCAGGAGAAAGAGCAGAUUCAGCGGAGCUUGGUGGACCGUAUUGUGGAGAAAGUCUACAUGGUAGAACCUUUCUAACCAGUGGAAACUCUCUUCGUCUCGAAUUUAAAACUGACGUAUCUUUUGCCCUAAGAGGAUUCAAGGCCAAGAUUUCAUUCGUGCCUAGUAAAGACUGUACAUGUGAAACAAAUCAGAUAUGCAUUCGCCAGGAUCACGAGAAAAAAUGUAUUCGCGGACAACAAUGUAGAGCAAACACGUGUCAGAAUGGCGGCACGUGCAUAAAAACCGGCUCCACACAGAAGUGUUACUGCCCUGCAGGGUUCGAAGGAGACGACUGUUCACAAAGUCAUGGACAGUCGUCUUCUCAUAUACGGUUCAUUGUGGCCCCAGGGGAUCGUGCAUUAAAGAGAGACGAGAGUCAUACUGAGGAAUGUGCUGUCGAAAUUCAGCACGGAGAGCGCGUGGAAUACGAAUGGACAUUUAAUGGAGCGCUGACAGAGGCGUACAAUAGAAGAACUGGAUUUGGAUCUCACCCAGGUGGUUUAUUGCAGAUUGAUAAAUUUACAGACGAAUUGGAGGGACAAUAUUCGUGUUUCGCAACAACAUCAUCGGGUACAGCGGAACACACGUUUGAAUAUAGAAUCGUAGAAGAUUGCGAUGUUAGAAUAUACCCCGGGCCGCAGUCUGAGAGCAAGAAGAUUAACGAGAAUGCUUUACUGAUCUGUCAUGUGGAUUCGCGUGCCAAAGAAGUCCGUUGGAAGAAAGAUGGUGUUUACAUUAAUUUGGACAAUAACCCAAGAUUCAAGAAAAUGGUUAACAACUAUCUCUAUAUUUUUGACGUUGGACUCUCAGACGCGGGAACCUACCAGUGUGAAGCAGAGGAUAAUAACGGUUGCUACAGUUACAAAGAGGGAACAUUAACCGUGGUUGAUGUUAAACCUCUAAAUAAAUAUUGCGGCAUUUCUACAUUCGACGAAGUUAAUUUGGCCAGCUCGAGAAUAUCCCAGGGCACCGACGCACGACCUAAUGAAAAUCCGUGGCACGUGACACUGAGAUCUCGAGGUGGAUCGUCUACCCAGAGAGCGUUCUGUGGCGGAACUAUUAUAUCCCAGAGUUACAUUCUGACUGCAGCACAUUGUAUUAAAGAGUUCGAAUCAAAUUUUGAUGUUCCCUUUGCACAUGAAAAUGUUGAGAUUUUACUUGGUACAACAAACUGUCUACUGGCUCAGACGACUAGAACAUUUAAAAGUUUCAUUGUUCAUCCAAAUUUUGGCGACAAGGCACUGUAUGAUAACGAUAUAGCAUUGAUAGAACUUGACAGUCCAGUUGAAUACACGGAUUCUAUUCGUCCAAUAUGUCUAGAACCAGCGGACUACAAUGACCGGGUGUUCUUGGAAAACAGUGAUUCAUUAUCGCCUGUACCAGGGAAGGUGACUGGAUGUGGCAAGAAAAGAAAACGGGGCGGAGCCGUCAGAAAGUUGCAGGAACUUCAUAUCCCGUAUGUAAACAGAGAAGAAUGUGAGGAAUCACUUGGCAACCAAAUACGCAUGCUUACCGAACGGAUGUUUUGUGCCGGAAGUAAAAUUGCGAGGACAGGGGACACAUGUGGUGGGGACAGUGGAGGUGGCUUAGUUAUGGCCACAGCGACCAGAUGGGUUCAGACAGGAAUCGUGUCCUGGGGUUUGGGCUGCGAUGUGGACAAGUACUAUGGUAUCUAUACAGACGUAGGCAAGUUCUACAACUGGAUUGAGAGUGUUACACACUUUAGCGAAGAGGAGGUGCCCGACUUUUUAAACCUUUAAAUGAAAAGAUGACUCCUGCUGACAAUAUAAUCACCGUUCAACGAUUAUUGUGACUGAUGCUAUUGAAACAAUUUUAUAAAAAACAAGUUGAAGGAAAAAUAAAAGGACAACGAUUAUUUAUGCUCAAGUACAUACCGCCUUCUUGAGUUUUAAUAUUAUCAGAUACUUUUCAGUAAAGUUGGAUGUCUUAGAAGAGGUAAUAACGGUAAACCUUUGAUCUUAGUUCAAAACAGUAACACUUGAUAUAGAAUUAGAUAAAAUCUGUUCUUCUUUCAAAAGUGGGAAUUUUGAAUUUUGCAAAGUCUUAACAAGUUUUAACCCUGCCAGCAUUCUAUAUCGGCCCGAUAUUGGCAGAUCAUAUCGUGGUCGCGAAAUAGUGUGACACGCAGUGCUUUAUCAAACUUUUUUAAAAGAUACACUUUAUAAAUUCUCAGAGUAAUUUUCUUGAGAACUGAUGUGUCUCGCAUCAUGUGUAUGAUGCUUAUUUGAUUUAUUGAUAGAACAUUUUUCACAACUAUAUACUGCAUGUUGUAUACAGUUACAUAAGCUUUCUGUAUAUUCUUAACACUAUUAAAAUUGUUGAAUUAGAAAUUUAAACAUAUUUAUAUUUUAAUUUCUUUGCAAAUAUAAAUAUUUCUAUGGCGGCAUUUUACAUAAAAAUAAAAAUGCAUCUUAAUUAUUACCUGCCUUUAUUACAUAUAAAAUUUUGAUAAAUACCGUCUGGCAUACAUCAUAUUUGCUUAGGACAUAUAAACAAUUAGAUUACUCUUUCACGUUUAUCAAUAAUAUUUUGAAAAAUAUAGUUAUAUUAGAGAAUCUAAUAUCGGCCCGAUGUCAAUCCGACGUACGAAAUAGUCACACUGAUUGAUGUCGAUCGACCGAUUUCAAUAUUUUGCGGCACUACAACGGCCCGACGUCGGCCCUACAUCGGCACAUUUUGCCGACUUUCCGACAUUAUACUUAUAUCGGGCCGAUAUAGUCAUGCUGGCUAGGAAACUGUUUCUUUCUUACAUUGUACGUUGAAAUGCUCAUUUUCAGUGAAAACGUAAACAUAAUUGUUACACGAGUUCUAUCUAGUAUUUAUAUGACAUUCGUCAAGUCUCUCAAAUAUGCAGAUUCUAUGCAAUGUGUUAGAUUCACAAUGCCAGUUUGAUAUUAAUCGACAAAAACAAUAGCUUAGGAUUAAGGUUGUUAAAACUGGCGAAUAAGGUGUGAAGAGAUUCCUGUGUAUCAGCUUACCAUGGUAACUGUAUCCUCAGAUUCCAUAUUUCCUAAAUUUAUUACUUGCCAUAUAAUUUUGAAGAAUUAUUUUUAUCUUCACACUUUUUAAACAGUUAAAAGGGUAGACCAUUACAAUAUCCAUAUGAUAACUGAACUCAUAUUAUAGCAGCAGCAACAAUAAAAGAUAUCCAUGCUUUAAA